GUGUCUUUCUCUCAGUGAAUGAAUGAUACGGCUUAAUGUGUUUUGUGUUCACUUUUUGAUAUGGUUUAUUUCGAACGCCAAUCAAACAUUUAUAAUUUUGUUAAAGGAAACAAAAAAGUUUUUAAAAAGAUUAUUUUUUACUUUUAUUUUUUGUUAGAACAAAGUUUGAGGCUGUUUUUUGUGUCUGUGCUGUCAGCUGAUUUUGACACUAUUAUGACUAACGCACAAAGGGGUAGUGUAGUAAGCGCUGACGCAGGGCAUAUGUGUGAAGUGAUACGUUGCGUACACAUGUGUACGAGCGCAACUGAUACGGUUCUAAUCAUUGUUUUGUUAGUUUGCGUAUUAGAGCCUGCGUUUCCGUUUGUUUUUUUUGUUGCUACCUAGCUACUCGUGAUGAAGUUACCAUUUUAAGUGAAAUAACCCUUAUUCUAGCUUCUUGGGCUUGGUGACAUUUACGAGUGCGUUUCAGUUGUAUAAAAUCGUGUUUUGAGAAAAAAGAUGUUUAAUUUUGUGUUGAUGGUGUUGUGAACAUAAACGGUGAAAAUUGAAGUGGAAAUUUUUAAUAUCUGGAGUAACGCCAUAUUUCUGUGCGAACGAGAGAUCUCCACGAGAGGACAGACUAUCCACCAUCACAAUACAACAUUGAGCAUCGUUUUUUUUUCCUAUGCUGAAACGCAUUCGUAUCACAUCUCUGUAGCUCGGCAGUGCAAACAUUCUGUGCCGUCUUCAACCAUCAAAAAAGAUUCGAGCGGAUAAUUAGGCUCAGCUCCCAAAUCCAUCGUUGAGCUUUCUUCAGUCGAUAAUAACUGUCUUGAAUUUAACAUCGAGCCAACGUGUGCUGGAGGACGAGUGUAUUACUUUCAACGCAGCGACAGGAAGACAUGCAUCAUUAUCGCUAAAUCAAGUUGGAGCGUGUUGAGUGCAGCAGCAUUGAGAGGAACCAGAAAUUACCAGAAGUUUGCAGCAGUAGUAACGUGCGUGUAUACCCUUAGGUACGAUUUGUGUAACCCGUAACAAAAUGGUGGACUAUUACAAAGUUCUGGAAGUGUCCAGAACAGCAUCAGAGGCUGAAAUCAAAAAGGCGUACAAAAAAUUGGCCCUUCGAUGGCAUCCAGACAAAAAUCCCGAUAAUCCAGAAGAAUCCAACAGACGGUUUAAGGAAAUUUCGGAAGCCUACGAAGUACUGUCCGAUGCAUACAAACGACACAUCUACGACAACCGGGGUACGCGAAGGAGUGCGACCAACAGUACUACCGGUGGCACUACCGGCAGCUACAGUGCCUUUACCAACCGCGACUACAGUCGCAACGGAGGCUAUGACCAUUACCAUCAUCAUCGCUACGGGUCCGGCGGAAGCCGGUACGGUUCGACCGGUGGCCGGGAGAACAGUAGCAGCAGUCGUACGUUUUCGUUUAAAGGAUUUUUUGAGACGACGCCGUUUUUCCGCUUCUUUGAAAAGAAACGCCGCAUCUACGAUCAGUACGGUAAGGAUGGUCUGAUAAACAAUGGAUCCGAUCGAUAUCAUCAAAGCACGCGACAUCGACGACACAAUGGCAGCAGUGGCAUGGACGAUUUCGAGUUCUUCGGCUUCCCGUUCACAUUCCGCGACCCGGAGGAUGUGUUCCGAGAGUUCUUCGGUGGAUCACCAUUCGAUGAGUUGUUUAGAAUUAGUCAACCUGCGCAUCAGCAUGCGCGUCGGGCAAAUGGCGCCACCAACGGGCAUCAUCACCACCAUCAACGACACUCGCACCCGCAAAACAUCAUCUCGUCACCGUUCAUGACACCGUUGAUGAGCUUCGGUCUGAUGGAUGAUUUCUUCAACAACGGGCACAUGGCACAGCGGGGCGGUAUGAGUUCCGUGUCCGAGUACAGCUACAGUGGCGGUGGUCCCGUCAAGCGUACCUCCACCUCGACCACCUUCGUCAAUGGCAAGAAGUUGAUGACGAAAAAGGUGUACGAGAAUGGUACGGAAACCAUUAUGUCCUACGAGAACGAUGUACUAAAAUCAAAGACUGUAAAUGGGGUCGCUCAAGCUAUACCAUACAACCAUUAAUUCGCUGAGAAAUAAUUAGCCGACAUCCGAGCAGGAAGGAGAAAGCAACGAGUAGUGGUGGCCGAUCCGGGAAUGAGCAAAACGAAACGGAAGGCAACGAUGGAUGGCUAACAAACAAUUAUUUUCUCAUAGCUACCGUAGGAUUAGUGAUACACAUAAUAAUUAUAAUUAAUAAUAUGUAGAUCAUUAUGGAUAUAUAAUAAUAGUAGUGUGCGCGUGCCUGUGUGUGAGUGCGUGAGGGCGCGUUGAGCAGCAGUUUCAUUGCGGGUUUUUUUUCUGAGCACUUUGUAAAUGAGAAAAGGAUAGAGAGAAGGAUAAGCAGGAAGGAUUUAGAAUUUGCUCAGAAAGUAGAUCAUGCUGCAGCAUGCUGGACUGGUUUAGACACAAAUUUAUCGUAAACGAAACGAAAAUCAGGCAUCAAUAUGCAUGAUGGUUGUUUAAGCAGCUUAGUUCUUUCUACUUCAAUAAUGCUUUUGUUUGCAAAAAGAAAUACGAAAAAUAUUAACUUUGAAAUGACCAUUUUUUCCCUUUUCUGAUCCUUUACUAUACUAAAGAAAUUUAUCGAAAUGAUGCUGGAUAGUUGAGUUAGAAAAAGAAAUCUUUGAAAAGAUAAAGGAUCUUAUUUCUGUAAAUUCUUACAAUGUGAGCAAAUAUUUUGAAAAGGCAUCACAUACGAGAGGAAUGUAUUAAGAUUUGUUUGGUUUUCCUUUCAAAAAUCAAAAAUGCAUAAAGCAUCAAAUAUAGUAGAAAAAACGAUAAAGCACAUCGAUACAAUAACGCCACCAAGCAGAUUCAAUAUUAACAAACCACAAAUGAAACAACAUUUAAUAGUUACACGAAUAAUUGUAAAUUUAUACUUUGUUAUCCACCAGCACGUUAAGGAACUUUAAUUUUGUUUUAAAUAUUACUACGUUUUGUUUAAAAUUUCCUACAAUUAUCGUUCCGGAUUACAGUACACUGUUCUUUAGCAAAACGUCUUAUCUUCCUAAUACGUGUUGUUGUGGCUCAACCAUUUGCAGAAAUGAAUUAACGAAUUUUAUAACUUCACCUGUACACACCCACUUACACUCACGGAAGUAUGCGAACAUUGUUACGCACGAGAAGAAACAUUGCUGGUUGAAUUUUUUUCUCAACCCGAAACGAAUUAAUACCCUCGCGAAAAAAGGGGCUAACCAUGCUAAGAAACCGACUUUUAUCCUGCCGUAUAGUCGAUAGAGAAAUCGAACGAGAAGGCGCGCGCGCGAGAGAGAGAGAGAGAGAGUGAAAGAGAAACAUCGCAAACGAAAAUGCAACCAAACCUUCGUGGUACUGUAUAAUAUGUUCAUUUAUUAAUAUUGUUGUGUAAUUUUCGUUUGUAGAUUAUUCGUAUUAGGAUUUCGCUUAUUUUGUAAGGCUAAACAAUAACAGUCGUAAGGCCAGGAGCUACCUUGGCCCGCGCAAUAAGCCCGUUUAAAUGAAAUGAAAAUAUAGAAAAGGAAGCUUGUUUUAGUCCAGGUCAA